CCGGGCUAGCCGAGUCCCCUGCUGCCUCGCACCUGAGCUGCUCCACGGAAUUGCUGCGACCUCGCUGUCGCCCUCCCUCUCGCCGCUUUCCUCGUCUUCGCCCUCGCCCUCAGGCUCCCGCCUCGAGCGAUGUCAGCCUCGACGAGGACCGACAACUGGAGCGCCGAGCGCUACAGCAGCAACGCCAGCUUUGUCUACUCGGCCGCCUUCACCAACAAGGCCAUCGCCCUCCUCAGCCCUCAGCCCGGCGAGCACAUCCUCGACCUCGGCUGCGGCUCGGGCGAGCUCACGCUCGAGUCGGUCCUGCCGCCCGUCCUCCCCGGUGGCUCCGUCGUCGGCCUCGACGCUUCGCCCGACCUGCUCGCCCGCGCCGAGGCCAACGCCGCCGCCCUGUCGUCGCCGGCCGCCGCCGCUGCCAUCACCUGGGUCCUGCGCGACGGGCACGAGCUUGAGGGCCUGCAGCAGGACGGCCGGUACGACGCCGUCUUCUCCAACGCGGCACUGCACUGGAUGAAGCGCGACCCGGCCAAGGUCGUUCGCGGCGUGCACGGCCUCCUCAAGCCCGGUGGGCGCUUCGUCGGCGAGUUUGGCGGCGCGCUCAACAUGGUCGGCGUGCGUUCGACGCUCCACGUCGUGCUCGGCGAGCGCGGCAUCGACGCGAGCAAGGUCGACCCGUGGUUCUUCCCAACGCCCGAGACGUACAGCGCCAUCCUCGAGAAGGAGGGCUUCAAGGUCGAGACCUGCGAGCUCGUCCCUCGCCCGACGGCGCUCCCGACAGGCCUGCGCGGCUGGCUCGAGACGUUCGCGUUUGCCUUCCUCGACGCGCUCCCCUCGCCCGCCGACCGCGAGGCCGUCAUCGACGAGGUGUGCCGCCGCCUCGAGGUCGACAUGAAGGCGCAAGGCGAGGGAGAGGGAACGUGGACGGUCAUGUACGUGCGGCUGCGGUUCAAGGCGUGGAAGAAGUGAGGGACGGGGCGGAUCAAGUGCGACGAGCAGUGCCCAAUCAGUGCCGUGUACAUUUGCC